AAAUAAUCAAAAAUGGCCUGUACAAGUUUCGAUGAAGACCAAAUUAUCAAUACUAGAAGAGCUUUUGGAGUGUGCUACAUCUUCUUCUACGCGAUCUACAUGGCGGUCCUCGGCCUGGCUUACUUGCACAAAGAUGAGGAAAUUCAGAAAUAAGAUGAGAAGAAUGCAUGACGACAUGGGGUAUACCCAUUACUUCUUUAUCCUUCUUGGAUUGAUAGCACAUACCAAUACAGCAUCUCCAGUGGCAGUCUCAUUUUGCUACUUCUACGUAGCUGUAUUCGGCCUGUCAUUCUUAGGAUACUUUAAGGACAUUCAUAUUCUGCCAUUGGUAAGCUAUGCCAUACAAUUAGCCCUGUUAUUCGGAAUUUGGUUGUGCAUCAUGGUAGAUGACUGGUGAGAUUUCUUCAUCGGCCGGUAUGCAUUCAACAAUUAGAGCAUCUCAGUAGCAAAUAAUUUUCAGAAAUCAAGCUUUAUUUGAAAACAUAUGAUUUAUUAAAGCGCAAAUAUUUCAAAAUAAGCUUCAAUUAUU